UCGAGGCGGCGCUAAGUGGACUUCUCCCCCGGACCCAGUGCUUAUCAGAGCGGAUCUCCUUCUGGCUCUUCAGGCUCCUGAGAGCGGAUCUUGUGAGCGGAGCUCCGUCAUCUCUCCCCGGGUCCAACGCCAGCCCUUCCCCGCCUCCAGGCGCAGUUUGCCGGGGUCUUCUGUCGUCCGCCUGCCGAGGAGAUGGGGGACAAGGCGGGCACCAGAGUGUUUAAGAAGUCCAGCCCCAACUGUAAGGUGACAGUCUACCUGGGAAAGAGAGACUUCGUGGAUCAUCUGGAUCACGUGGAUCCUGUAGACGGAGUGAUCCUCGUCGACCCCGAGUAUCUGAAGGACAGGAAAGUCUUCGUCACGCUGACGUGUGCGUUCCGGUACGGACGUGAGGACCUGGACGUGCUGGGCCUGUCGUUCAGGAAGGAUCUGUACAUCUCCACCUUCCAGGCGUUUCCUCCGGUGCCUGAGGAGCGGAAACCAAACAGUCGGCUUCAGGAGCGGCUGCUGAAGAAACUGGGCCAACAUGCACACCCCUUCUACUUCACUGUUCCUCAGAACCUCCCGUGUUCUGUCACCUUACAGCCGGGCCCAGAGGACACUGGGAAGGCCUGUGGCGUCGACUUUGAGAUCAGAGCUUUCUGCGCCAAGUCGAUAGAAGAGAAGAUUCACAAGAGGAACUCCGUGCGUCUGGUCAUCAGGAAGGUUCAAUAUGCUCCAGAGAAACCAGGUCCUCAGCCGAUGGUGGAGACGACUCGCAGCUUCCUGAUGUCGGACAGGUCUCUGCACCUGGAGGCCUCUCUGGACAAGGAGUUGUAUUACCACGGCGAGCCCAUCAGCGUCAACGUUCACGUCACCAACAACUCCACCAAGACCGUCAAGAGGGUGAAGAUCUCAGUGCGUCAGUAUGCAGACAUCUGUCUGUUCAGCACGGCUCAGUACAAAUGUCCUGUGGCUCAGCAGGAGGCAGAUGACCAGGUGUCGUCCAGCUCCACCUUCUGUAAAGUUUACACUCUGACUCCGACGCUCGACAAGAACAGAGAGAAGAGAGGACUCGCUCUGGACGGGAAGCUGAAGCACGAAGACACCAACCUGGCCUCGUCCACCAUUGUGAAGGACGUCACCAACAAAGAGGUUCUGGGGAUCCUGGUGUCGUACAGAGUCAAAGUGAAGCUGGUGGUCUCACGUGGAGGAGACGUGUCUGUGGAGCUCCCCUUCAUCUUGAUGCAUCCUAAACCUGUGGAAGCUCCAGUGUCUCGUCCUCAAUCAGCUGUUCCAGAGAUGGACCCGCCCAUCGACACCAACUUGAUAGAAUUCGACACAAACAGCGUCUCCCAGGACGACGACUUCGUCUUCGAGGACUUCGCCCGCCUGCGACUCAAAGGCGCCGUGGACGACAAGGACGAGGACUGCUAGGAUCUCGCCGACCCUUCAUACGCUUGCUUCGACCCACACACACACACACACACACACACACACACACACACACACACUCUUCACGUUACAUUCCCCUUUGACGGAUGAGGGCGUGUUUAGACGGAGGCCUCACAGGCCUUGCUGGUGUUCUUCCUCUCUUGCUUCUGCCAUUCAUCACGCUGCCGCCAUUUCCUGCCACCGCCUCCUCCAUCCAUCUUCUCCGUUUCCCUCUGUUUUUGCUGAAGGUUAAAAAACUCUAGAUGUUAAGCAGCUGCAGGACAGAUGUUGGCGGUCCAGAUGGGAAACCAGCUGUUUCCUUGUUUGUAGUUCAGGACGUUCAGGUAUGGGCGGAGUCCAGAGGGCGGAGUCCAGAGGGCGACCACGUGAGGAGAAAGAUUAGAAACAUGAAGAACUCUGUUCACGGAGGAAGCAGCGUUUGUCUUCUUUUACUUUGAAAAUCUUCUUGAAUGUCGAGCUUUUCCUGCGGCGAUGAUCAGCGUCGCGUACAAACAGGAUUUAUAUUUGAAGACGAGCUGACGCAGUUCUUCACAUUUACACUGUAGAUGCUUUUUGUGUUGUGGUCGCAGAAGGAGGAAACACUCAAUCACAACAGUCUUACAGACGACUGAAGUUCGAUUUCACCAGCACCCCCCCCCCCCGCGCCCAUUUGUUCCUCACUUCCUGGUUGUGGGUUUUUUCAGUCAUUCCAGAGUCGAUGAAGUCAUUUGAUUUCAAACAUUUCACCGACAUGACGUCUGGUCGUCUACGUUUUUCUGACAGUUUGUAAAAACAAAGCAACAAGAAAAUAAACUGUCGUUAAACAAUCAAAUUAUUGUUUCUAGAUAAAAUCAGUUAUUGUAAAUAAUACAUAAAAUCCUCUUCCUCCAGAAAUGAAGAUAAAAUAUCUCAGAUACGAAUGCUGCCAUCUUGUGGUGAUUAUGUUAACUACAGUCCAUUUGAGCAGUAGUGAUUGUGGGGCGGAGCCGUGGUAUCCAGACCCCGCCCACACACGCACUCGACCAAUCCUGAGUCAGUGUCAGCUGUCAAUCAUCACGGCUCAGCUUGUUUUUAUAUCAUCAAAUAUCUGAUUCAAACCAAACUGAUCAGAAACUUGAACAUCAGAGAUAAGAACGACCUGAAAUCACAAACUUCUUUAUAAACAUUUAUUUAACGUCUACUUUAUAUUUUGAGGUUGGUUCAUUUGUUGGUUCACGGGCGUCUGACACGGGACACAAACAUGAAGAAACAAACAAACGUCUCUGGUGAAGAAGUGCUGACACACCAUGAAGAUGUGAAGAGAGUUUGUGGUGAUCAGAGCUGAUCACAUGACCUCUGCAGAGGUAACAGGUCACUUCCUGUGUGUGUCUGCCCCCCCCCCCCGAGUUGUUCAGCUGUGAAACACAAACUCUGGAGACGAUUCUCUGGAUUCCAGCUGGAGCUCAGGUCUGAAAACAGCUUCAGAAAAACGUAGAAACUCACCAGACGUCACUUCAAGUGUGAACAAAUUAUUAAAUCAUGUUUUCUGAGGCUCAAACUUCAUCGUCUGCUCGUUUAAGGGAAACACUGAAGUUUAUAUUUGGUUUAUUUUCAUUGUCUCACUUUAAAAUCCUAACUCCUAAAUUAUAACUUGUGUUGUAGAAUUAUAAAUACUCAAACUGCUUUGUGCCUUUUACACUGUUGCCAACAACAUGAAUCAGCAGGUUCACUACACGUCUACUUGAAGUAGAAACAACGUCCUGGGGACUAAUUUACUGUAAGUAAAGAUAAUUUAAAACAUUGAUUCAAAAUGAUUUCAUAAAUUCAGAAUAAUAAACUGAAUUUAAAAGAAAUACUCAAGCAAAUAAGAAAAAUAACUAUAAAAGUUUGACCCUUCUGAUUUUACAUUUUAAAAAACUGUUGCUCUUGUAAGAUUUUUUUGGCCAAAUUAUAAAAUUGUGGUUUAAGUAAAUUUUUCUAGUUUUCUGCCAUUUUUUUCUCAUAAAAUAUUUUUGGAAAUAUCAAAACUUUGUUUGUAAAACAACAAAAUGUGUUUUCUCUCUCACGGCUGCUUUCUUCUGUUUCAGUUAAAACAACAACCUGGAAAUAUUUUAAUCAUAAAAUCACAUUUUUUGUUCCUUAUCAAUGUCCCCAAAUCAUAAUAAUCGUAAUAAUUUCAUCUUUUCCUUUAAUGUUGAUGCCAUGUGAGAAAAUAAUGUUUAAACAUCGUGCCAUGAAAACCUCUGCAGCCAAAAACUAAAAGAGAUCCUUUUCAAAAUAAACCAAACGUCUGCGGUGUUUCCCUUCGA